AUGUCCGAUACACCUCCACAAAAACCCAAAAUCCCACAUAUGAGCCAUUUACAAUCGGAACCUAUUCCAAUGUCCUUUGCAUCGCCGCAAUUUUUGGCUCAAGUUACAGCUGGAACAGCUAAUCUUUUUCCUAAUUCACAAAUGAAAACAACAAGUCAAGCAUAUAUGCCCAUGGCAAGUUCAGGAUAUGAUAAAAUGCAUGCAACUUUUCAACCACAAUCUGCAUCACAAAUAAAUAAGAAUAGUAAUGCUGCUUCUUCAUCAGCAUCAUCUUCUGAUACAAAAUUAUUAAAACCAUUACCUCCACAACCUAUUGAUGCAGCUACAUUUAAAGGUUUUAAAUUUGUAACACUUGAUGGUUUACAAGUUGAAACACGAGAAGUAUAUGAUAAAAUUAGUGGAACAUUUCAAUGGGAAAUGUGUGAAAGUCAAGAUGAACGAUGUAUUAAUUUCAUACGUAAUGAAUGUGAAAAUAAACGAGUAUUUCUUGUAUCAUCUGGUGGACUUGGACAAAAAGUUGUUCCAGAAGUUCAUGAUUUACCACAAGUUUAUGCUAUAUAUAUUUAUUGUGCAAAUGUAAAAUUUCAUGAAUCAUGGGCAAAAAAAUAUGCGAAAGUACGUGUUGUUUGUGAUAAUGAUGAUCUUUAUUUAUUACCACAAUUUGCUGUUGAUGUUGCACAAGCAAAUAUUGAUUGGGGUAAUGGUUUACUUCAACAAGGUACACGUGAUAAAGCAAAAGAAAAAUUUAAAUUAGCAUCUGAUAAAUUAAAUAAUUAUGCUCGAAAUCAUGAUCCAGCUAUGGAUGUUGAAAUUCAAAAUAAAUUAGAAGAAUGUAAAUAA